AUGGCUCCUAUUGCUAGUAUUGCACUUCUUUUCCUUUGUAGUUCUGCAACUUUCCCGACUUCACUUCUUCCACCGCAUCGCGCUAAUACCUCACUUCUUUCAGCCUUACUCCCAUCCAACCUACGCCUGCAACCACCGGUAGUUCAACACUUUCCUCUGGCUUUUCUAUGGAUGUAUUUACCACCUUUUGUUGAAUAUUAUUUGAGCCUCAAAACACUCCUUGUGUCUGAUGCAUUUUCGAUUAAAGAAGAUAGCUGUUUCGCCCGCAAAUCUCGGAGUACCUUCUCUUGGGCAUGUAACUAUAUUGGCCAAUUCUUUUGGCAGCUUGAUUCUGGAAACAAUGCUAGGUUUGGUGAAGCCUGCACUGGGUCUCUAAGUCGUCAUAUUCGCUCAACAUCAAAACCACCGCCCAGUUUAUCCAUCCAAUGGCACAAAUUUUGGUCCGUCCUUAUUCCUCACCACUGUCUAACUGUCUGGUAUGUGUCGGCCACGGGAGGUUUGAUGACCGAUUCCCUGAUGAUGGAGACGCUGAAGAUGGUACCUUCAAACUCGCAGGUAUUUUCAAUAGAAACGUUUUUAAUGGAGGCUUUGCUUGUGGGAAAGUUGUUGAUGGACGCAUUGCCAAUGGAGGUAUUAGAGAUGAGUGGCUUCGUAAUGUUUGCUUUGACGUUUCAAUCCUUGCUGUUGGAAGUAGCUGGGAUAAUGGUUUUCAUCUGGGGAGUAUUAAUGAUGGAAGCUUUUGAGCUGGAGCCAUUUGCAAUAGGUGUGAUGUUCAAUCUACUGGUCAUCUUCUUAAAGAAGAUACAGUUCACAGUGAAAAACGAGGUAUUCGAGAUUGUUUAUGAGUUAGUAUCUCAAUACUGGGAAAGAUAG